GGCGUCCUCUCCCAUGGUCCAGUCUCAUUGACGUCCGAUGGUGCUCGAAGGCAUUGCGUCGGCGCUGAUCAAGAAGCUGGCCGCGCGCUUUAUCAAGGAUUUCAAGCAAGAGAACUUGCGCAUUAGCCUCCACGGGGAAAUAUGCAUCGACAACUUUGAGCUGCGCAUGGACGAAAUCGUCGACCUGCAACUUCCGAUCGAGCCAAAGAGCAUCUUCAUCGGUCACCUUCGCACCAACGUCCUUGCAGCCGAGCUCACGUCGCAGCCGCUUCACAUCCAACUGGCCGACGUUGUGCUGCUCGUGGGCACCCCCGUGAUGCGUGCCGGCGAUAGCACCGAGGCCAUGGACUUUGCCCACCAAUCGCAGAUCGACUGGCUCGUACGACUCCUCGACGAAAAGACGUCCGAGGUCCCCGUGAACGGACCCUCCAAAACGUCGCUGAGCUGGUUCAACCGCUUCCGCGAUGCUUUCGUCAGCAUUGAGCGGCUCCAUCUGCGCUUCGAAGACACUUUGAGCAGACUGAGCUUCGGAAUGCAAGUCGACGGCGUCGUUUUGCAGCCGGUCACUUCAUCCUCCGAUGCUCCGAACGAUGCAACGGCGAAGCGUGUGCUGCAGACAAAGACGAUCGCACUCACGAACUUCAGCAUGUACGUGCAGCGCGACCACAUUUUUGCGUCGGCCACCAAGGUGCCCACCGACACGCUGUACGUGAUCGAUCCGUCCCAGUACAUUUUGGAGCCAUGCAACAUCACUCUUGAGCUGUGCAUCUCGCAAGAGGUGCAGCUCCAAGUGCGCAUCGAGGUUCCUCAAUUGACAAUGCGGCUACCGCUGGAGCAUCUCCAGAACUUGAGCGAGCUACUCGAAAGUUUGGACGUGACCAUGCGACGACGACUCUACCGGCGCUUCCGCCCGUUGACGCCCGGGGUCAAGGGCAAUGCUGGUGCGUGGUGGAGGUACGCAAUCGCGGCUGUGCUGCUGGACCUCCAAGAUCCUGUGCGUCACCGGCCAAGCUGGCGACAAACGCUGAACUUGAUCUUUCUCGGCCUCCAGUACACAGCGCUGCGUCGCUACUUGGCGCCGUACCUUGUGCGCAAGCCUUGGCGACCCCACGACUACUUCUUGCAUUACAAGGAAGAGUUGACGCCACUUGCCCGGAGCAAGCCAGCACCACCCCUCGACGCGUUUGCCGCCAUUGAGUGUUUGCCUCGGAGUGUUACCCAAUACAGUCGCGGCGUCUACGCCGGCGUCUACGGCCUAGGACGGCGGUUUGCCGCUCGAAAGCAUCACCCGACAACGAUGUCGCCGGAGGAGCUCGUCCCGCUACUCUUCACUCGCCAACAGUAUCUGGACGCUUGUUUUCGACCAAUUGUGGUCGCCAAGUUGCGCCGUCUCGCUCUUGACCAGUGCCAUCACCAGAUGCAGGCAUGCAACAAAGCAUCCAAGCGCCACAAUCAGGAGCCCGGUGUUCUCACCGUCACACUCGCGCAGGCGUCUAUGGAGCUCGACAGGUUUCCAUCGUCCAUGUCAUCACUUUUCGUAGUUGCGAACAUCAAGGUGGGCGCCCGCGGUGUUGCGUACACGGGGCCGCCUGUGCACGCGUCGACUUCGACGCGUGCCUGCGGGUUUCCGUUUCUAUGGCGCCCGCAAAAAUCCGCGUGCGACUGCAUUUUGGCACAAACGUUUGAGUUUCACUUGCGCGGGUCCGUCGACGAGGAUGCGCUCUACAUAGAGCUGCUUGACCGAUGGUCUAUCCAGUACCUAAACCAAAGUCUUGCGACGGCAUCCAUCUCGCUCCUCGGGUGCACAAGUGGUACGCCGAUCGAGACAAACACGUCAGUGACCCUUAGCGGCAACCGCGGCCAGCUCCAUAUCCUCACGAGCUUUGUGCCGUCUCGAGCGGCGUCGGCGCCGUUUCCGACUUCGCAAGCGAUGCUACGGCAGCUGUACCCAUCGCUGUACGCUCGCCACAAGUGGAUAUCGUGGUACCACAAAGAAGAGGAACCAUUUAGAGUGCACCAUUUGCGCUACGAGCCAUCCCCAGCGUUCACCAUCGACGCCGUUUCGAUCGACGUCGGCGCCAUCGCUCUCCAUGCCCAGCUCGGCCAUACGUCAAAGAGCCAUGUUGAGCUGCAGUGCUGUGGGGUGCACGGCACCCUUCAAGACAUUUCACAGCUGGACCUUGUGCGCCGGACGCUGCGAUGCUCCGUGGAGACAUUGGACGUGCUUUACGAUGGCGCGUCGUCGCUGACGUUUAGCACGACGCCGAGCGUCCGAUUCUCGUACGUCAAUGCCACCAACGUCGGUGCCCGAACGCUCACGAUGCAGCUGACCGUUCCGGAUGUUGCUAUCGCAUUGGGUCUUCCGGUCGCUCUGCGUCUCUAUCUGGACUCGAUGCGCUGGAAUGCAAUGUUAUCGCGCCUCGUUGCGUUGCUGGCGUCACCCAUUUACGGUCCGUUUGGUCUCUGGGUGGCGCCGGCGCCCAUGGCCGUCGAGCCGCCGAAACACGCUUCGGCGCCAUCGAUCGACACGACGGUCUCGAUGGGCACUUCGACGCUUUGCAUUUCGGACUUUGCGUCGGUGACUCUGCCAGCGUUGACAUGCGACAUUACAACGUCCUGCAACGUACGUCGUGUCCUCUCUGUACAUGCGCGAAAAACGUCACUUGCGUAGGAAGCGAGUACGGCGGUGGCGAUCAACGGUCGCUCUGUAGCGACUCUCGUCUGGGAUCAUUGGAGUGGCAUCCAGCAGCAGGUGCGUGAAUUGCUCCGCACGGCGACGUCGGACGUCGCCCCGAGCGCGAUUGCUCGGCCUCCCACUCGCCCGGCGUCUGCGUGGUUCUUGAAGCAAGGCAUUGCUGUUCUGCAGCACGACGUUAGCUCCAAGAAGCCGCAAGAGCGCGUGCUGUACGUCGACCAACUGCAAACGACGCUGUUUCUCGGCCCCUCACGCUGGGCUUCGUCGAUCAGUGUAGCAAUGCCACUCGUUUCCGUGGAUGCGAUCGUGCCAGGCAUCAAGACGGCGGCGCUGCGACGCUCGGGGCUGCCCGAGAACGCGGAUUUGUACCUCUCGAUUUUUUCACAGGCGUGCGUCGUUAGCUUCGAGUGCAUCAGUCGGACGAGCCAACGUCAGACGCGGUCGCUUCUGCAAGACCUCGUCGCCAGCGUCAAGGCCAACGAGUGCCCGUCGUCUCAGCCCUAAUCUUAUGGCACCAGACACGGGUCCACUCGAUUGUAACUUAGCACAGAGAUGAACAUGCGUCUAGUCACCAAGUUCCACCGGCG